AAAAUCUGUGGUGAUACAACAUGCACGGCCAACAAAAUCUGCCAGAAGAAUGCUUAUGGAGACUACAGCUGUCAGUGUCCUGAGGGACGCACAGGAGACAUGUGCACCACUGUGAUCCCAUUGUGCAGUGGUAGUGCUUGCCCUAUAGAGCGACCUAUGACCUUUGCUGGGAGAAGCUAUGGCAGGUGGAAGCUGGAACACUCCACCAAGACCAGGUUCUCCCUGAGGUUUCGAAUCCGCACCAGACAGUCCUCAGCCAUCCUCAUGUCUGCCAGAGGCCAGCUGGACUACAGUAUUUUACAGCUGGAGAGAGGGAAUCUCCUGUACAAGUUUGACUGCGGCAGUGGUGAGGGACAAGUGAAGAUUCCGGUGGACCUCAGCGAUGGACAGUGGCACACCAUCCAACUGGACAGACAUGGACGGCAAGCAGAGCUGGCUCUGGACUCCUCAUACACAGCUGUCGGGGUAUCUCCAGGCAUCCACGCUGUCCUUAAUGUGGACUCGGAGGAGAUCUUCUUUGGGGCUGAGGUGGAUGUUUUCCCCAACGGCUACCCAGACAUUCGUCGUGGCUUUGAG